UGGGAGAACCAGAGGAGCACAGGCCGGAUUUUGUGGUGGAGCUGAGUGGAAACACAAGCCCCAGGCUGGGGAAAGUGUGACGAGGUCUUUGGUUAAAUCAAAAGGGGCUGCUCAUCAUUUUAAUGGCUUCAUCCUUUAUUCAUGUCUCCCUCCAGGACAGCAGUGCCUGCUCAGUGAUAGUGCUGAGGCUGCAGCCUGCUUGAAUAGCAGGCAAAUCAGCCCGGGGAGGCUUUUCCUGACUUUGGCUGUUCCUUAAAGCAGCUCCAGAUGGAGAUACACGAGUGUCUGUGCCCCUCUGGGAACUCAGAGCCUCAGCCAGCCACAGCCAGCACCCCAGCCUUGCAGCAGGCAGGAUUAGCAGGCAUUUACCCAAGAAAGGUGGCCCGGGAAGCGCCGGGAGCUGAAGAUGGAUUUGAAGCGAGUGAAGGACUACAUCUACUGGCUGUACUACCAGUACCUGCUGGUGACCUGCAGCUACGUGCUGGAGCCCUGGGAGCAGUCCAUGUUCCACACCAUCACGGUGACCGUGGUGGCCAUGGUGGUGUACACGGCCUACGUCUUCGUGCCCAUCCACGUCCGCCUGGCCCUGGAGUUCUUCUCCCAGAUUUUCGGGGCCCAGCCCGACGGCGCCGUGCCCGUGGUGAACUGAGCCUGCCCCAGCAGCCUGUGGGACGCUGGGUGUUUGUUCCAAAGCGCUCUGGCACUUAGGGAAACGCUGUUUUCUCUCACAACCCACGGCUUUGCUUCGUUCCCGGAGGAGGGCUCUGAGUUCCUGCCUGCACAGCCCCUCUGCAAGCAGCACAGGCAGCAACAUCACCUGGAGCGCCACAUCUGCCUGAUUUCCACCACUUCCAGCAGCCUGGAAUCCCUCUGGCACGUGCAAACCAGCAGAGACUGCGAUGGCUGAGGGGGGCAACACUCAUCACACACAAAGUUCACAGGGCAGGGGGAAAAACAUCCCAUGGCUUCUCUGCUCCAGAAUGUACAGAAAUGAGUAAAUCCAGCCUGAGUUGAGUGCUGAUGCCUGGCUGGGCAUUGACUUCCAGCUUUUAAUGGAUGGGAGAGGAAAUUCAAACAGAAGGCAAUAGGAGGAGGAACUUUAAUCCAACUUUUUUGCGCCUAAGUUGUUGCACCUGAGUUCAGAUGGCCUAAUACAGAUUUUUAUUUUUUUUUUAAUACUGUAUGUAAUCUUGCAGUUUAGUGAAGAUGACAGAAAGAAGCAAACUCAGCUCUCUUUCAGUGCCCUCCUGCCUUCUUUGAUGAAACCCAAGAUCUUUUCUUUCUGCUCCCACUCACCAAGGCAGCAAAGGGCAUGUCAGCACCAGGGGAAGACGAUCGAGGAAUCAGAGUGGAAGUAAUAUUUUAAUACCUGCAGGGAAGUCUGAGGGCUUAAAGAGAUCUCCUUUCUAAAGAAGAAAUUAGAUUUAUUACCAUUGCCUGUGGGGAGUUUCUGGAACAAUGAAAGGUUGUUUGGUUUUCCCACUUACACCUCAAUCACAUGUGAAUGCCAAACCAUAAAUUACAGCUGCACAUCUCUAACAGCUUGAUGCUGCUGCUCUUAGAAGUGAGAGGUGCAAAAUGUAAAUAGCUUUCAAAUGAUGUUUGCACAGUUAGAGGGUAUAAAAUUAAAAAAAAAAAAGCCCUCUUAACUUCUUUAUCAAGCUGCAGUGGGGUCCUGCACCUUAAAAGCACAAGUCUGCUUGGAAACGAAGACAUGUUGUGAAGGUUGUCCAGAUCUGAACAUGUGUAUGCAGUUUUUUUUCAGAUAAAAAUUAAAUUCUAUUCUUCUGGAACAACA